CCAGUCUGUAGUCGACACUGUACAGCCGCAGACCGUAGUCCCCAGCUGUGGUAUCAUAUAUUUUGAAACACAAUAUCACUUCAGAGAUUGUGUAGUACACCACUACUAAACAAUUCAUAGUAUAAUAAUUAUACAAUUUUCAGGAAGUUCGUUCUACACAGUAACUGCACGGUGUAGUAGAAAGUGUGCCAAGGAUUUGCUUUUAUAAUGGUUUUAAAAUUGUAUGCGGUAUCCGAUGGUCCUCCGUCUUUGUCAGUAAGACAAGCCCUUAAAGUACUGGACAUUCCUUUCGAUCUGACCAAUGUUGAUUACGGUGCCGGAGAACAUAUGACACCGGAAUAUGCUAUGAUGAAUCCACAAAAAGAAAUACCAGUGCUGGAGGACGAUGGGUUUUAUCUUGCAGAAAGUAACGCAAUCCUGCAAUAUCUAUGUGACAAAUACAGGCCACAAUCUGAGCUAUUAUACCCUCAAGAACCAAGAGCGAGGGCAAUAGUAAAUCACCGCCUGUGCUUCAAUUUAUCAACAUACUACGCUAACAUAUCUGCAUACACGAUGGCUCCCAUCUUCUAUGACUACCAAAGGACUGAAUUAGGUUUAAAGAAAGUUCACAUAGCUCUGGAUGUUCUGGAAACAUAUUUACAAAAACUGGGUGCGAGAUAUGUAGCGGGUGAUAACCUCACAAUAGCAGACUUCCAAUUGUUCAACUCAACAAUGACUCUGGAGGCAAUUGAUUUUGACUUCUGGCAGUAUAAAAAGAUUUACGAAUGGUACUCUAACUUCAAAAAAGACAAUCCAGACCUUUGGAAAAUCUCAGAAGACGCCAUGAAAGAGAUAAAACAUUUCAUUGCCAACCCACCAGAUUUGACUCAUCUCAACCACCCGAUCCAUCCAGCGCGAAAAAUUAAAAAAAAAUUGAACAAUAGUUAUCAUUUGUUUGUUAUGAAUAAAUUAACCGGAACCUGAAACACAUUUCUUCAUGUAUCCCAAACAAGCGUUGGUGCAGCAAUCAUUGUGGUUUACGCACUGAAAAUAUUAUAAUAAGGUUAAUAAAAUAGACAUACUGAUAAUUAAAUAGACUUCAGACUAAUUGUUAUGCACUACGUCUUAUAUUGAUAUAUCACAGCCUUACUCAAAAUGUAAUAAAAAAUAAUCAAGAAAAAUAUGGGCCCACAAAUGUAAAACAUGGCAUGACAAUUAUGAUCAGCUAAUCACCAUCGCUUAUCACCAUGCUAUGGAGCAUCAAAAAAGGUUAAUUGACAGAUCCGCAGGGCAUUUGCCGCUCUUAAUAUACCAGUUAUUUUAAACGUCGCGAUGGUAAACGCGAUGAUGGCAUGGCCAAGGACACGGGCGCGGUUGCGACGUGGUGUGCGACGCGACCUGCGUCAACACUCUGGCUCCUUCUAAUGCCCAGGUUACAUCAAAUGGUGUGAGGCUACUGUUUCGACUGAAGAAAACAGCAAACCUCUCAAAUUUCGAUUUCAGUAAAUCUUUUUCAUUUCCGGAAUCAAGAGGCGCGGUCAACGAAUCAGCCUAUAGCCAUCCAAAGAAGAAAUGCUGCCAGUAUUAAUGGUAUAAUUCCUAGUAAUCGUUUUAAGACCAGUUCUAAAGCCUAUAAAUAAACAUGUCAAAUAACCAAG